AUGCCAACGCCUCUACACAGCCUCAGUCCUGCUGGUCCUGCUCACUGCUGCAUUUGGGAUCCACACAGAGUUUUCUUCUUCACACCAAGUAAAAAAGAAACAAACGAAAUGGAGAGGUGUUGCUGUGGAUUGAUGACGCCAGAGAAGCAAGCAGUGCCUCUGCAGAGCGUGGAUGUGCAGGUGGAUGUGAAGGACCAUGUUGCUACGGUGGUCUCAACUUUGCUCUACCAAAAUAAAGAGGAGAAACCCAUAGAGGCUGUGUUUGUCUUUCCCAUGUCCAGUGAGGCUGCCGUCUGCCAUUUCAGUGCCAAAGUUGGACAGACACUUAUUGUGGCUGAGGUGAAGGAGAAGAAACAGGCUCGUGAGGAAUACGAUGAUGCGCUGAGCUCUGGUCAACAGGCCUUUCUAUUGGAGGAGAGUGACCAGAGCCCAGAUAUAUUCUCUAUGAGUGUUGGCAGCCUGCCCCCAGGAGAGAGUGCGUCCAUCCGGCUGGAGUAUGUCACUGAGCUGGAUGUGCAGGCUGAUGACGCGCUGAGGUUUUGUCUUCCAGCGGUUCUCAACCCGCGGUACCAACCUGCAGGAACAGAAGGCAGCAGUGUGAAAGUGACAUCAGUCCCAUCAUCUUUGGUGCCUUAUGAUCUUACCUUCUCUGCCCAAAUGGAGUCACUGCGACCAGUUUCCAAAGUUGAAUCUAGCUGCACCAUGGAGCCAGUCAAUUACCUCAACGAAAAUCAGACCAAGGCCUCGGUGAAGCUGGCAGCAGGACAUAAGUUUGACCGAGAUGUGGAGCUGCUCAUUUAUUACUCUGACAGUCACCAACCAUCAGCCGUAGUGGAGGCUGCUCAGGGCUCAGCCAAACGUGGCUCGUUGAUGGGAGACCCAGCGCUUAUGUUGAGCCUGUACCCAGAGUUUCCCAAAGACAUAAUGUCAUCGGUAUCGUCCUCUGGAGAGUUUGUGUUUCUGUUGGAUCGAUCUGGAAGCAUGGACUGUAAUAUGAGUAAUAUGGGAACAUCAGUGUCUCGGAUUGCCAGUGCACGGGACACUCUACUGCUGCUGCUCAAGAGUUUACCCAUGGGCUGCUUCUUUAACAUCUACAGUUUUGGAUCCACCUUUGAACAAAUAUUUCCGGAAAGUGUGAAGUAUAGUCAGAAAACAAUGGAGGAAGCUCUGAAAAAAGUGGAAAACAUGAAGGCUAACCUUGGAGGAACAGAGAUCUUGGCACCGUUGAAACGCAUUUACAGCCAGGCCUGCAUCCCCAACCAGCCGAGACAGUUGUUUGUCUUUACUGAUGGAGAAGUAGGAAACACCAAAGAAGUCACAAACCUGGUCAAGUCUAAUGCAGCCGCUCACAGAUGUUUUUCCUUUGGGAUCGGGGAAGGAGCCAGCACUGCUCUUAUCAAUGGUCUGGCAAAAGAAGGAGGAGGACACGCACAGUUCAUCUCAGGCAACGACAGGAUGCAGCCCAAAGUGAUUCAGUCUUUGCGCUUCGCCAUGCAGCCAGCAGUAGUUGACAUCUCGGUGAACUGGGACCUUCCUAAAGGUGUCUCUGCCACUGUCCUGUCCCCUCCUCUCACAUCCAUUUUCCAGGGACAACGAUCACUGCUCUACGUCCAACUGACUGGAAAGAGCAAAAAGGAAGCAGAGGGCUGUGUGACUGUCAAAUACAGUCUGGCAGGACAUCCCACUGAAAACAAACUCAACUUUAGCCUCCAACCAGUGGAGGAUACAGGACUCACAGUACACAGGCUGGCAGCACGAUCGCUCAUUCGAUCUUUGGAGCAAGAAAAGGAGGACACCAGUCACAAGAAAGUUGACGCUGCGAAGAAGAAAGUAAUUGACCUCAGUGUUCAAUCUGGAGUCAGCAGUUCUUUCACCGCUUUCAUUGCUGUGAACAAAACCAGUGGAGAGGCCAUUCAAGGUCCCCUGCUGAGAAGAAAUGUCCCUCUUCCAAUGAUGAUGUCCUGCAGCAUGCCCAUGCCCAAGUCCUGCGGCAGGCUCAAAUCCCGAAUGCGUCUGUGUGCUCCUAUGCAAAUGGGCGCGGUCUGCAACGCCUUUGACUGUGAUGACAUGAUGGCGGAUGAAUGUAUGGCAGAAGAGUCUUCAAUGCCUGCAAAGCCCAAACCGCAGCGGGACCCUCUGCUGGAGCUGGUGUGUCUGCAGAAGGCUUCGGGCUGCUGGGAGUUAGAGCCAGAACUGGCCAAAACCCUAAGCCAGACGAGCCAAGACCUCCAGGACAAACAACCUUCAAUGGCAAACAAAGAGGUGUGGGCCACAAUUGUGGCUCUGGUCUGGCUUCAUGGUCUGAAAGCUGAUGCCAAGGACGAGUGGGAGCUGCUGGUCAUGAAAGCCGCCACAUGGCUGCGCUCACAGAAUGCUGCAGGCCUCUCUGAGUGUGUGGAAGCUGCCAAUGCUCUGCUGGGCUGCAGUGUUCAGAAAGAUGCCCUGGGACUCUAA